CCAAUUUCGACAUCCAUGGCUGUUGCUUCAACUGUCCCGUUCCGGCUCGAUUCUCUGGCGUCCGACAAGGACGCGAAGGCUCUUCAGUUCAUUGAAGAGGUGACGAGAAAUGUUGAUUCGGUUCAGCAAAGGGUUUUACGUGAGAUCCUAAGCCGAAAUGCCGAGACCGAGUAUCUCAAACGGUUCGGCCUCAAUGGAGCUACGGAUCGGGAGACAUUCAAGUCCCGAAUCCCCGUCGCCGGUUAUGAAGAUAUCCAGCCUGAUGUUCAACGUGUCGCCAAUGGUGACAAGUCUCCUAUCUUUUCAGCUCACCCCAUUUCUGAGUUCCUCACUAGCUCUGGGACUUCAGGUGGAGAAAGGAAGCUGCUGCCAACAAUUCAUGAAGAAUCAGAUCGUCGUCAGCUCUUGUAUAACCUUCUCAUGCCUGUAAUGAACCUUUACGUUCCGGGAUUGGACAAAGGGAAGGGACUUUACUUCUUGUUCGUGAAAGCUUCAACAAAGACACCUGGUGGGAUAUUAGCCCGCCCGGCGCUCACCAGCUACUACAACAGCGACCAGUUCAAGACUCGCCCGUAUGACCCUUUCAAUGUCUACACCAGCCCCAACGAGGCCAUCCUUUGCACCGACUCUUUUCAAAGCAUGUAUGCUCAGAUGCUAUGUGGUUUGGUCACGAGGGACGAGGUUCUUCGUGUCGGUGCCGUUUUCGCCUCCGGCUUGCUUCGAGCCAUUCAUUUCCUUCAAACCAACUGGAAAGAGCUGGCUCGUGACAUCGCGAACGGAACAUUAAACCCUAAAGUAACCGACGCUUCGGUUAGAGAAUGCAUGGAGAAGAUCUUGAAACCUGAUCCGGAGCUAGCUGAGUUCAUUACAAUGGAGUGUUCGAAGGAGAAUUGGGAACGAAUCAUCGUUAGAAUUUGGCCCAACACGAAGUACCUUGAAGUUAUCAUAACUGGAGCAAUGGCUCAAUAUGUCUCAACACUUGAAUAUUACAGUGGUGGCCUGCCAAUAGCUUCCACCAUUUAUGCUUCGUCGGAGUGUUACUUCGGUCUCAAUCUUAAUCCGAUGUGCAAACCAUCCGAAGUCGCGUACACCAUCAUGCCAAACAUGGCGUACUUUGAGUUCUUGCCUCUUGAAUCAUCAUCACCUUCCGGCGCUGUUGAUCUAGCCGAUGUCGAAAUCGGCAAAGAGUAUGAGUUCGUUGUCACCACUUACGCCGGAUUGUGCCGUUAUAGAGUCGGCGAUAUCCUUCAUGUCAUCGGCUUUCACAACUCGGCCCCGCAGUUCCGUUUCGUCAGAAGAAAUAACGUUUUGUUGAGCAUCGAGUCAGACAAAACCGAUGAAGCCGAGUUACAAAACGCAGUAGAAAAAGCUUCUCUUUUGCUGAAGGAAUUCAACACCAGAGUUGUUGAUUACACGAGUUACGCGGACACUAAUCAAAUCCCGGGUCACUAUGUCAUUUACUGGGAACUACUCGUUAAAGACUCGGCUAAUGCCCCAACGGGCGACUUUUUGAGCAGAUGCUGCUUACAGAUGGAGGAAUCAUUGAACUCAGUGUACCGUCAAAGCCGAGUUGCCGACAAGUCAAUCGGUCCUCUGGAGAUACGAGUGGUACAAAACGGCACGUUUGAGGAGUUAACGGAUUAUUCAAUUUCAAGGGGUUCUUCUAUGAGUCAAUACAAAGUUCCAAGAUGCGUUAGCUUUACCCCAAUCGUGGAACUCCUGAACUCAAGGGUGGUUUCAAAACAUUUCAGUCCAUGUUUACCACAAUGGGCCCCAGAACGUCGUUGAGCCCACUGCAUUAAA